CUUGUAUAAUGGCAGGUUGAGGACUUUACAAGUGUUUAUGAAGAAGUUGAUGAAGAACAGUAUUCGAAGCUGGUUCAGGCACGCCAGGAUGAUGACUGGAUUGUGGACGACGAUGGUAUUGGCUAUGUGGAAGAUGGCCGAGAGAUUUUUGAUGAUGACCUUGAAGAUGAUGCCCUUGAUGCUAAUGAGAAAGGAAAAGAUGGUAAAGCACGCAACAAAGACAAGAGGAAUUUAAAGAAGCCUGCAGUGACAAAACCGAACAAUAUUAAGUCAAUGUUCAUUGCUUGUGCUGGAAAAAAAACUGCAGAUAAAGCUGUAGACUUGUCCAAGGAUGAUCUGCUAGGUGACAUUCUACAGGAUCUUAACCCUAAGACACCUCAAAUAACUCCACCACCUGUAAUGAUACUGAAGAAGAGAACAUCCAUUGGAGCUUCACCGAACCCUUUCUCUGUGCACACCCCCACGGCAGUUCCUUCAGGAAAAAUUGCUUUCCAUGUCUCCAGAAAGGAGCCUCCAUUAACUCCCGUUCCUCUUAAACGUGCUGAAUUUGCUGGCGAGCCGGUACAGGCGGAGAAUACAGAAGAAGAGCAGGAAUCAGGGCCAAUGGAGUUUGAAGAUGGUGACUUUGAUGAACCCAUGGAAGCUGAAGAGGUGGACCUGGAGCCUGUGGCUGCCAAGACUUGGGACCAAGAGAGUGAGCCAGCAGAGGAAGUGAAACAAGAGGUGGAUCCUGGGAAAGGGACCAUGUCCUACUUAGGAAGUGUUUUCCCGGAUGUCUCUUGUUGGGAUGUUGAUCAAGAAGGUGAUAGCACUUUCUUAGUGCAGGAAGUUCAAGUGGAUUCCAGUCACCUCCCGUUGGUAAAAGGGGCAGAUGAGGAGCAAGUAUUCCACUUUUAUUGGUUGGAUGCUUAUGAAGAUCAGUACAACCAACCAGGUGUGGUAUUUAUGUUUGGCAAAGUUUGGAUUGAAUCAGCUGAAACCCAUGUGAGCUGUUGUGUCAUGGUGAAAAAUAUCGAACGAACACUCUACUUCCUUCCCCGUGAAAUGAAAAUUGAUCUAAAUACGGGGAAAGAAACAGGAACUCCAGUUUCAAUGAAGGAUGUUUAUGAGGAAUUUGAUGAGAAAAUAGCAACAAAAUAUAAAAUUAUGAAGUUCAAGUCUAAGCCAGUGGAAAAGAACUAUGCUUUUGAGAUACCUGAUGUUCCAGAAAAAUCUGAGUACUUGGAAGUUAAAUACUCGGCUGAAAUGCCACAGCUUCCUCAAGAUUUGAAAGGAGAAACUUUUUCUCAUGUAUUUGGGACCAAUACAUCCAGCCUGGAACUGUUCUUGAUGAACAGAAAGAUCAAAGGACCUUGCUGGCUUGAAGUAAAAAGUCCACAGCUCUUGAAUCAGCCAAUCAGUUGGUGUAAAGUUGAGGCAAUGGCUUUGAAACCAGACCUGGUGAAUGUAAUUAAGGAUGUCAGUCCUCCUCCACUUGUCGUGAUGGCUUUCAGCAUGAAGACAAUGCAGAAUGCAAAGAACCAUCAAAAUGAGGUUAAAAAAAUAGGACAGAUUUUGUACCCAUGCCUUAGAUGCGAUACUUGACUGAACUUGCACAGCUUUGCUUUAAGAGAAAGUUGUUCUUUUUGGAGGGGAAAGAGUAAUAAUUUGCUACUAAACUCUUAUUAUAGAGAAUGAAUUGAAUUUGUCUAGUGUUGGAGUUUUUUCUUAAAGACUUAAAUUGCUGAACUUAUUUUUUGUCAAAUUUUUUAUGUAGGAGAACUUCAAAUAGAUACAGAGUAAUAAAAUGGAAUCCAUAUACCAAUCACUCAUAUUCAGCAUUUAGUAAGAUUUUGUCACACUUGUUUAUUUCUCUCCCUUUUUUCCCUCUUGAAGUAUUUUAAAGCUGGUCUCAGACAUUGUGUCAUUUUACCUCUGAACCUUGGUAUGCUUCUUUCAAAACGUGCAUACUUUCUUAUAUAAUACCGUUAGCACACCCACUAACAUUAACAGUGGUGAUUCCUUGGUAUAAUCUAAAAUACCGAGUCCAUACUUACAUGACCCUGUUUCUUAAGAUGUCUUUUAACGCUCAGUUUGUUUGAAUCAGGAUUCACACAAGAUUCACAGAUGCUAUUUAAUCUCUGCACCUCUUCAACCUCUUUUAAAUAGGAAGAACUCACUCCCACUCUUCAGUUUUUUAAAUGACAUUGAAUAAUUAAAGAAAUAUUGUUGUUCGUCU